GUUACUGAGCUGAAUGGGGUACAAGUCCCCGCUAACGCGUACCCUAAUAUUCAGAGGAACGCGUCAGUAACCAAAGACUUUAAACGGCUCAUACCUAAGCCCAUCGUCAUUGUUGUACAAAUCAAUGGUCAGCCAGCUCGAGCCCUGCUGGACUCUGGCUCGUUGGCUGAUUUCAUGUCCUAUGACCUGGCCAAUCAGCUCCGGGUCGCUAAAGUCGAACUCACCAAACCAUUACCCGUGCAGUUAGCCGUUCAGGGUUCACGAUCGAAGGUUAAUUGGGGGGCUAAGGCCAGAAUUCAGUACCAGUCGAUCAACUGCGACCGGUACUUCGACCUUAUUAACCUACAAAGUUAUGACCUGAUCCUCGGAACUCCGUUCCUGUUUCAGCACAACAUAAUGAUAGGAUUGAACCCACCGAAGGUUAUAGUCGGGAGCGCGGACCCACUGCCCCUACGAGGUGAAGGUGUUCGGGUGCUCGAGUCUCGAGCCGCUGACCUCCUUGAAGAUGAUCUACAGCACGUCCGUCAGAGUCUUAUGGAC